AGGGUAAAGCACUUGACAGGCAGUACCCGCUCUUUUUGAAAGAUCGUCGACAGCUUUCUAUUUUCUAUCGACAGCAUGGCGUUGUCAGACAAAAAGGUAGAAGACAUGCAGCGCUGCACUGCCGGUCUAACGAUGAACGGCACCACCAAUAUUCUACAUUCGACAACGGUAGAAGCUUUACUAAAGCAAGUCUAUGAGGUUCACAUCAGCGUAACAGAGGCCCUACAGAAACAAGUGCUGCAGCUGACCGAACAACUGUCCGCUAAGGAGCAAAGAGCUAGAGGCCCAUGUGGGAAGUGUAACAAUAUUCAGAAAGCGUUUGAAAAGUACAAAGCCAAUCAUCACGAGAUUGUAACGAAGCAGGAAUCCAGAAUUCGAGCUCUUGAGCGCCGUCUGUCAUCUCUUGCAUCUGUGGAUGAAAGCAAAGGAACUGAAGUAUGCGCCACCAAUGAGAUGCAUGUGAAAGACGUUGAGAGUUCAGUACCUGGUGAGCUGCCUGAAGAUACAACAUUCCUAUCCCCCAGCCUCCUCGGUGGAGACUGCAAGCCCUCGGAUACACCCGCAACCCCGAUAGAAAGUUCUCCCAGUUUACUGCAAAACGGUGAACCCUGUCCUGCCAAGCUGGCCCGUGCAACUCCGAAGAGGAAUUCAAAAGGCUCGGCAAACAAGCAGAGGAAGCUGUGGGACGGCUCAUUCUUUGUGUCUGUCAAGAGCUCUGGAGUACGGAAAAGCACUGUUUUGAAUGCUUCCGUGAGUGGGGAUGCUCAAGAAGUUGCGCACAAGCAAACACUCCAAUAUGACGCAGAAGAGGAUAAGAUUUCCAAGUGUGUUCAGGGUGGUAAACAAGACACGAAUGAAGAUGGUGAAGAAACUGCAGAGGACAAGGAUCUUGACUUCCACUACUGUCACAGCCCGGUGCGAAAGAAGGCUGCUCGACAGGAACUCCCGGCUCAUGACUGCAAGGAAUGCAGAUUGUUCUACGAAGGUCUGGAGAACGGUGAGGAGUUGAUGAGGAGGUGUUCACGGCAUCGAGCUGCUUUUGCCCCACCUGCAACUCCCGAAUAUUUCUGGGAGAUAGAUUUUCCUGAUAGUGGAGAGUGCCGCAGAAGGGGUUACGUGAAGCCCACACAGAGAUGAUAUUUCACUCCACUCAAGUUUACCGUCUUCUCAACGAAAAAGACUGUUUUCGUGCACAUGUCUUUCUGUGUUUUGCAUUGGAUGUAUUUUCAUGAGGAGCAUAACGCCACUGUGAUAAUCUGAGCAACGUAAGAGUACCAUAAAAAUUCAGUCGGA